AUGUCCAGCACUGCUUCCUCCACUUCUGAUGUGUACGCUGUCUCCAGGGCGGAGGCUCAAUCCUACUACGCAGGCCUCCAUUCUGCACCCACAUUGCUUUACCGCACAGGCAAGGAGUGGUCCCCGCCCAGCGGACCUGAGGCCCAGUGCCGUUUGAAGGAGCUGCGCGAGGUCUUUGACCAUCCAAUUACAACAGUCUGGAACAAUGACUUGGGCUGGAGGGUUGUCAAGGUUUUAGACGCUCACACGAUCCCAUUUACAACGGUAGAUGUUGUUCGUUUUAAGAUGGUCGAGGUCGACGAAGCCCCCGAGGACGAAGAAGACACUGAUAAAGAAACGGUUGAAGCUAAUAAACCGGUUGUCAGUCCGGUUACUAUUUGGAUUGGUGUCUUCCCCGAGUCUACCUCUGCCACGGCUGCCCACGACGCAGCUCAGGAUAUCCUAGCCCUUCUCAAGGACUACCAGAUCACCGACGUCGAUGUCGACUUCCGCGAGUCCUUCUACAUGUGCGAGGCCGGUCCUCGGCUUCUCAAACCCGUCUCUGUCGACGACCCACUCAUUGACGUUGUCGGUCCCCUCACUCCCACCCUCGGCCUGCACAUCUCUACCAAGGCCAGGCCCGACGCUGGGGGAACGAUGGCCCUCUACCUCGCCCAGGGUGGCGGCAGUGAGAAACUCUUCGGCCUUUCAUGCCGUCACGUCCUCAUCGGAUCCAAGGAAGCCAACAAUGACUAUGUUUACCACCCCAGUGCGCCUCGUAAAAAUGUCCUCCUGCUUAGCAAUAGAGACAUAACUGACCUCGUUAAUUCGAUCGAAAUCAAUAUCACAGGACAUAGCACGGCGGUGAAGAACUAUAGGAAGGAGAUUAAAGGGUUUGAGGAGAGGGAGAAGGGCACCAACGCUGGUGAUGUUAUGGAGGCCAAGGCGGCCCGAAUUGAGGCUCAGGCGUUGCUGGACGAUGUGGAGAAGAAAAUAGAUGCACUUAGAGUGUUGCGCAAGCAGCUCAACAACGAUUGGAACAGACUUCAAAAUCGUGUCCUUGGACACAUCCUCCGCUCCCCACCCAUCAGUGUCAGUGUCGGCCGGCAUCGUUUCACGGAGGAUUGGGGGGUCUUCGAGGUCGACCGGGCCAAGCUCGGUGACGGCUUCCAGGGCAAUAAGAUUGACCUCGGAACAAAGCUAACGCCAGAAGAAUUCAAGAAAAAAUGUUUCGCCCUUGGAGACGCCAACUGGGAGUUCACAUAUCCCGAAGAUCGUCUGCUUCCACUUAUGGGCAUCAUUCCUGACAACGCUCUGCGCACCCCCAACAUGUGGGACUCGGACGGCGAACCAUGCUUGUUGGUCAUCAAGAACGGCAAUGCCACUAACACCACCAUCGGCCGUGCGAAUGGUGUCUUUUCUAUAGUUCGCGAAUACUUCACCGACACAUCAAUCGACCAAACCUCCAUGGAGUGGGUGAUAAUCAACUACGACAGCAAAUCAGAAGUAUUUUCGAAACCUGGCGAUUCAGGCUCAGUAAUUGCCGACAUCCAUGGCCGUAUUGGUGGCAUGCUUACUGGUGGUUCUGGCAAGACGCCAUCUUCUGAUAUGACCUAUGCCACACCGUUCUGGUGGCUCCUUGAGCGUAUCAAGGUGAACGGAUUCCCUAAUGUGCACCUCGGCGUCGUCACCUAG